AUGCUUUUUCCGCUAAUUUUUCUAUUUGUCUCUAGUUUGGAAGCUGGUAGGCUAUAACACUAUAACACUAUAAUUUCAGCCAAAUCUUAAAUUUCCAGCCAACUUAUGCCCAAAUGGUUGGACCUUCUCAACAGCCAACUCCUAUUGCUACUAUGUCUCAAACAAUUCAAUGACUUGGGAUCAAGCCGCCACAUUUUGUAGUUCAAUUGGAGGAUCUUCAGUGUACAUCACCAGCUUUACAGAGAGCACAUUUGUGAAAAAUCUGACCUCUAGCUAUUUGCUUCAACCAUGGCUAGCGAUUCAUAGAAAUUCCACAGAUGGUUAUUUUUACGAUCCAAGAGGUUAUAGGGUAUACAGUUCGUAUUGGGCUACAAGUAAGCGAUAAAAAACCGGAAAAAUAUCUAGAUUUCAAAGUCUUUUAGAUGAACCUGGUGUGAAUGGAGAUUGUGCAAGUUAUCGUGGACUUGGUGUAUCUACAGGAAUGCAAGUUACACAGUGUUUCAGUUUGCAACCUGCACUUUGCAAACAGCAACCAGCAUUUUGUCCAAAUCAAACACAAUAUGGGGGAACUUAUACAAGAUCGGGAAAUAUUACAUCACCCGGAUAUCCUGUGCAAUAUUAUAAUAACUUGGAUUGUAUCUACACUAUUAAUUGUAAGAUAACUAACUGAAAAUUGCCACGUCAUAACUUUUUUCUCUUUCAGCUCCAAAUGGCACAUACAUCACAAUUCAAUUCGAUCCAUAUCUCGUCGAAUAUGAGCUUGACUAUGUUGCAAUGUACGAUGGUCCGAAUACAAGUUCGAAAUAUUUGGGAGAACCUUCGUGGUUCGGAAAAAACUCGUACGAAAGUUCGAGUAAUGUGUUGACUUUUAAGUUUCACACAGAUUCAACUUACACGGAUAGAGGAUGGUUAGCAACAUGGGCGGCAAAGUGAGUAAGGAUCCUAGAAAACCCCGCAUAGUUUUUUGUUUUGCAGACCCACAACUCCACCAAUUCGAGUUAAUGGAACUAAUGGAACUCUUCAAUCUGGCAACUAUCCAGAAAAUUAUGAUGCUUAUGCUGAGCAAUUGUAUUAUAUUUCAGUUGCUUAUGGUUUCCAAAUCAAUUUGACUAUAACUGAUUUCAACACUGAAACAAAUUAUGAUGUUUUGCAAGUGUAUAACGCAUCAUAUAUUUCAACCUCUACUCUAGUUGCCAAGUGAGUUACCCUAAAUCUUAGGAAGCCACUUCAAAAUGAUUUUCUAGCUUGUCUGGAAGCUCGGUUGCUCCCUGGAACAUUCUAUCACCCUCCAAUUAUUUGACACUGAAAUUCACUUCUGAUGGAUAUUUACAAAAGAAAGGAUGGUUUGCGAAUUGGUUUAUUCAAUAA